AAAUUAGGCCGAUUCCCGUACAACCUAAAAAAAAAGUGACAGCGUAUUUCGCAACGUUUUCUCUAUUUUUAGCGGAGGCGUCCCCCUUUGCCAAAACUUCCUCACGUUAAUUAUUAACCGUAAUAAUCGUGUUGCGGACACUUAGAGUCCUCAGGGAACGUUAACGACCUCAUUGUUCUACAGGAAUCCCAUUGUUUGGGUCGACCUAUUCCAGAACUUAACGAAGCGUUCAGAUUGCGCGCGUUUUGACAGUGUUUUUCGCGAUAAUUUCGGAGUUUUCGAGUGCUCGUGAGUUCUGACAUGAGUUCUAGUCUGCGCAGGCGCACUCCUAGCCCCAAGAGUGUCACUUUCGACCCUUCCCUGCCUGCUGAUAUGGACAGAAGGUCCAGAAGGAAAUUCAGGAGUUUGUCCGACUGGGAAAGGUAUCUGAACGCACUGCUAGCCGACUUGCAGAACACAGUACCCGGAUCACUCUCCCACAAUUCCUCCAGGAUUUCCAAGCACACUCCAGUUAACACUCCAAAAUCCAGGAAUGAAAGUUUUCAAUCGGCACAUGAGGGUGCCAAUUCACCACUCUAUUCCAAGGUCUCAUACGAGAAAACAAGAACUGUGUCCGAUUCCAAGAGUCCAUCUUACGCCAGUUCUGCCAACAACCACUAUGUACCUCCUCAGCCACAAAGAAGACCUGGAGGGUACAAUGACAACCUCUUGGAGUUGGACAACUUGCUCCAAGAUCUCAGCAGUUCACGUUACGCCAACUUAUCAGACCACGGAAUGAAUGGUAGCCGUAACUCCUCUUUAAACGGAUCUGGACCAAAAAGUCCUCUUUCUAGACCUUCUAGUGCCCAAAGCACCUUAAACCGUCCUGCAGUAGACAGCUUAGAUUCUGGGGAGGUGAUAUACACUGGGCCCCAGAAGGUGACGAUAACAGUCAAGGAGACCAUAACGGAAACUGGAUUACCUGGAGAAACUGAACUGAUCUCGUCGGAGGUGACAACUUCCAAGGCUCCAGCUGCUUCUAAGGCCACCAGAGAGUUGGAAGAACUAAUGGCCAGCUUAACAACGAGUAAGCAGGCCAAACAGCCGGUCGCAGAGAAGAUCUACCCUUCGAAAGCAACCCAAUCGCAGAGCGAACCCAAGCAGAACUUGGAGCAUAUGCUUGGCAGCCUACAGGCAGACAUGAGCAGACAAGGAGUCAACACCAGCCAGAAGGGAUGCUGCAGCGCCUGCGAUAAACCCAUAGUAGGCCAGGUUAUCACAGCCUUAGGCAAGACUUGGCAUCCUGAGCACUUCACCUGCAACCACUGCUCUCAGGAGUUGGGCACCAGGAACUUCUUCGAAAGAGAGGGCAAGCCGUACUGCGAGAUUGACUACCACAACCUCUUCAGUCCCAGAUGCGCUUACUGCAAUGGACCCAUCUUGGAUAAAUGUGUCACGGCUUUGGAGAAGACCUGGCACAUGGAGCACUUCUUCUGCGCCCAAUGCGGUAAACAGUUCGGUGAAGAUGGUUUCCAUGAGAGGGAAGGCAAGCCUUACUGUCGCGAAGACUACUUCGAUAUGUUUGCUCCGAAAUGUGGAGCCUGCAAUAGGCCCAUAAUGGACAACUACAUAUCGGCUCUAAAUAGCCAGUGGCAUCCAGAUUGCUUCGUUUGUAGGGACUGUCGGCAACCCUUCAUCGGAGGAUCCUUCUUCGACCACGAAGGACAGCCCUACUGCGAAACCCACUACCAUCUUAAACGGGGCUCACUGUGUGCGGGUUGUCACAAACCGAUCUCUGGCCGAUGCAUUACAGCCAUGUUCAGGAAAUUCCAUCCGGAACACUUCGUCUGUGCCUUCUGUUUGAAACAGUUGAACAAGGGCACUUUCAAAGAACACACCGACAGACCUUAUUGCCAUGCUUGUUUCGACAAACUCUUCGGUUGAAAUUAAAAUUAUCCUACUGGGAAUUUAAUUAGAUCAUUUAAAUGCUGUAUAACUUAACCUGGCCAACAUUACAUUUGAAUUUUUUCAUUAUGGAGAUGUUCGAGUGACGAAAGAAUUAUAUUUUUUUAGAUUCUGCUUCGCAGCCUACAUUCCGUGUUGAGAUUCCUCAUUUUUACAUCCGGCAUUGAAAUUUUGACUUUCGUCAGAAACUACACUAGGAAACGAAGAAGUCAAUACACAUUAAUUGUUGCUGGUAAAUAUGUGAAACUUAAAAAUUGUAGAAUAGUUUAGUGCCAACUUAAUUUUAAUAUUUUAAUAUUUGCACCAGUUGUUCUGCGUACAUACUAAUUGUAAGAGUGUAAUGUAAUAGGUUUUAUCUUAUUAAUUGUAAUUAUUUUAAUAGGGUACAAUAUCAAUGUUGAAACAGUACUUAUUUCAUUCCUUUUUUUUAUUUAAUAUGAAUUUUAAAUUUUGCCGAGAUUGGAAAUUAUAAAAAUUGGUUAAUAUUGCUUCCACUAAAGUAAUAUCCUGAUCUUUAAUUAUUUAAGAUGUAUCAGAAGUGUUUGUUGUAAUUUGUAAUAGCUGAGAAAUUAUAUCAUUCAAUUUUA